AUGUUUCAAUGGAACGAAAAUCAUGCUGCAAUCGCUACUGGUGGUAGAAAGAUUGGCAAUUGGCGCAGUAGAAAAAUUUCAACAGAUACAAGAGAGAUAAAAAAAGGUGAUUUAUUUAUAGCCCUAAAAGGAAGAAAUUUUGAUGGUCGUAAUUUUUUGGAUGAAGCAUUCGCAAAAGGAGCUAUUGCUGCAAUAGUAAGUAAACCUCUUUCGAAACCGAUUUAUAGUGAUAAUAGAUGCAAAAACUUCCCUCUAAUUAUUGUAGAAGAUACACUAAAAGCCUUACAUAAUAUGGCAUCAUACUACAUAAAAAAUGUUCUUAUUGGCGCUAAAGUUAUUGCAAUAACAGGUAGCGUGGGAAAAACUACUACAAAAGAUAUGCUAUAUACCACUUUAUUACAAUAUGGUAUAUCCCAUGCAAAUAACGACAAUUUAAAUAAUAACAUAGGAUUGCCCCUCACUAUACUUGCAGCCCCACAAAAUUGUGAAUACUUAAUUCUUGAAAUGGGAAUGAGUAAAAGUGGUGAAAUAAAAGAAUUAUCAGAGAUCAGCAAUCCGGAUAUUGCAAUUAUUACUAAUGUUGAACAUGCACACACUGCAAAUUUUUCCUCUUUGUUUGAUAUCGCGCGAGCGAAAUUAGAAGUACUGUACGGGAUGAAAAGCAACGGUACUUUAGUGCUAAAUAAGGAUAAUCAAUAUUAUGACUAUUUAUCAUCACAAUCCGCUAGAAAUAGCUAUAAUAUAAUAGACUUUGGCAAAAACCCAGAUGCCAUGAUUCAUUUACUAGAUUUAACAAAAAGUCACAAUGGACUAGUUUUAAAAGUUAAAUUAAACAACAAUAAAAUUGUAAAUUGCAAUCUGCGCGUUCAAGGAGAGCAUUUUGUUUACUCCGCAUUAGCCGCUAUAACAGUUAUGAAGAUCUUAAAGCUUGAAUUACCAGAGAACGCAUUUGCAACUUUCAAACUCCCAAGUGGGAGAGGAAAUAUUUAUAGCACUCAAUAUAAAGAGAAACACAUAUGGUUAAUUAAUGAUUCUUAUAAUGCUAAUCCCGCAUCAAUGAAAGCUGCUAUAAGAAAUAUAAACAUGUAUUCUAAUAAAAGAAAAGUUGCAUUACUUGGUGACAUGCUAGAGCUAGGUGAUGAAGGUAUAAAAUUUCAUAGAGAGCUAUGUGACUUUAUAACAGAGUAUAAUAUAGAUAAAGUUCAUACAGUAGGUGGGCUGAUGUUAGAGCUACAUAAACUAUUGCCAGAUGAAAUAAAAGGUAUGCAUUUCAAUGAUUCUCAUCAACUAAAAAAUAACUUAAAUAACAUAAUACAAAAUAAUGACAUAGUUUUAGUUAAGGGUUCACGAAGAGUAAAAAUGGAUCUUAUAGUGCGGAAAAUUUUGUCUGCGUGA